AUGAGCAGUCAGGGCAGCAGCAGCAGCAGCAGCAGGGGUAGUGGGCAGCAUGCUGACACUCCUCCCCCCCGUCACGCCCCGGGACCCAAGCUGCAGGUGCAGCGCUCCCUCUCUCGGGACACCAUCACCAUCCACUUCUCUGCUCUGGGGAAAGAGGAAGACGACGAGGAAGAGGAGCUCUACGGCGCGCCUCUCGGAUCGGCUGGGGCUGAAUGUGAGCUGGGUGGCCGCGGGGGUCUUCAAGGUCUGGAGGCUGCGGGGGCCGACGAGCGGUCCGUCGCCACGGGCCUGGAGGCCGGAGAGGAUCUGCGGUUUGUACCUGCAGGUGGCGAGACCUCCUUCGGAGCUGCUGUACUCCCCGUCUCAUCCACCACAUUGUCGGUGCGGCCCUCGGACCCACACUCACCCUCCCCAGCUAUAACUAUCAUCCCCAGCUCCACGCAGCCCCACCUGAGCUCCAACCCUCCCGCCAGCUCCUCCUGGCCCUCCGAACGACCCUCGGCCAAUCCCCCGUCCACGAGCUCCGGCUCCUCCUCCCCCUGCAAGUCUGCCGCGCUGUCGUCCUCCAAGCCUUUCCUCAGCCUCGUCCGGUCCCUGUCCAAUGAGGUCGAGUCCCGGGAAACCGCUCCUGCUCCCGCCGCCGCCGCACCCUCGCAGGCGCGCCACCGUCACCUGAUGAAAUCUUUUGUUAAGUCUCUUUCCACGGACACAUCGAAGGCUGAACACCAGGAGGGGCCUCUUCACCACUAUCUCCAUCACUCCCCUCACCAGCAGCCGUCCCAGCGGCCUCCACCUCGCAACAUGCAGCUCUUCAAACAGUUCUCCCAGCCCCGCUUGUGCUCCAGCCCCGUCAUCGUCACACAGGCAGGCGGAGACUCCAAAACGGCGCCCUCCUCGCCCAUCACCUCCCCAGAUGGCAGGUCUUUCUUCAAGGUCCAAGAGGUGGAGGCCAGGAUAGAGGACACCAAGCGACGGCUGUCGGAGGUGAUGUCGGACCCGCUGCAGCUUUUCAGUAAGAUCAUGGGGGACGAGUCCGGUGCGGGAGCCGUCGCCACUCAUCGAGCCAAAUCGCUGUCCUCCAGCGCGUCGGAGCUCAGCGGAGGGACGGCGGUAAACGGACACGCGGAAGGUACCAACAGCUACAGCAUCAAGGAGGAGGAAGGGGUGGAGGAGGACGGCGGCGGCCCCGCCGGGAAGGGUCCCGACUCAGUUUUUCUCUCCUUUCCGUCGCUGGCGCCAGCCACGACCCUCACCCGGGCCCCGUCGUUCACUUUCCCCAAAUCCCCUUCCCUCACUCUGGGCCGCUGCUCCAUGUCGGCCCUGGUGGCCCGACAGGAAGACGAGGACUUCUGUGAACUGUACAGCGAAGACUUUGAGUUGUGCACCGAUACGGAAACGCCAGACGGGGACCGUCCCGCCUCCCGGCAGCCCCGCGCUGGUAGCACCGGGCUGUGUAGUGAACUUGACACAGAGGAGGAGGAGGAGGAGGAGGAAGAGGAGGCGGAGGCUGUGCCAGUCACCGGCCUCAUCUUCCUGACACAGUUGGUCUACUGGUACAUAGUUCUACCAGUGCCUCCGUACAUGUGUGCGGUGGUGCACGGGAUAGUCGCCGGGUUCAUGCUGGCCUUGCUGGUCCUCUGGCUGUCCUCUCCUCGGCGCUCCUCGUCAGCGACAACAAGAGGGAGGCGGAGGAUGAAGCCCUGGAACGUGGCCCAGCUGGAUAUCAAGGAACCGGGAACCUUCAAGGGCUAGAUGAAUGAGAUCCACAGUUACGACCCGGAGAUGUACCACGCCACCCUGACCCACUCCGUGUACGUCCGUCUGGAGGGCUCCGUCCUGCGUCUGUCCAAGCCCAACCGCAACGUCUCCCGCCGCGCCACGCACAACGAGCCUAAACCCGACGUCACCUACGUCAGCCAGAAGAUCUACGACCUGACCGACAGCAAGAUCAACCUGGUGCCCCAAAGCCUGGCCAGGAAGAGGGUUUGGAACAAAAAAUACCCCAUUUGCAUCGAGCUAUCUAAGCAGGAGGACUUUAUGUCCAAGACCCAGUUGGAGAAGCCCGACGCUUGCGAGGAGAAAUUACCGGGGCAGUGCGAGAAGCUGGAGCGAACGGACAAAUGUGAGAAAGUCGAGGCAUCGGGAUCAGCGGAGGAACCCAAAAGGCCGGCCUCCGGAGGGGGGGAUCUGACAAUCUACCUGUUUGGGAGGACGGGUCGGGAAAAGGAGGAGUGGUUCCGCAGAUUUCUUCUGGCGUCCCGAAUGAAGUCCGAGGGGAGAAGUGGAAGCCUGUCUGUCAUCUGCAAGAGUGCCCUCUUGCCCUCCAACAGCCGCAGUAGCAGCAUCCAAUCUGGCGGCGGCCUGGAGGCCGAGAGCAGGAGCAGCAGCCGUGGGAGCCUGGAGGAGCUUUCUCAGUUUCGCCACAGAGAGGCCUCCUCCGCGCCCCCCUGUGGCUCCGCCGGAGGGACGAGGCAGAAGAUGCUGUUGGACUAUAAUGUCUACAUGGCCAAAUAUAUCAACCUGCAGGAGACACAGAGAACCCCGACUGCCACUGACAGCCCCGGGCCAGCGAGCCCGGAGAGCAGCCCCAAAACUGCAAAAAAGGUACAGAGGACGCCGGAGGAGCCUGUGGAGCCUGUGGAGCCUGAGGCCUGGGUCAACGCUUUCGUGGGAAGGAUAUUCUGGGACUUCCUGGGAGAGAAAUACUGGGCCAAUGUAGUGUCCAAAAAGAUCCAGAUGAAGCUCAGUAAGAUCAGGCUGCCAUAUGUUAUGAAUGAGCUGACUUUGACAGAGCUAGACAUGGGCUUUUCCAUCCCAAAGAUCCUCCAUGCCUCCAAACCCUCUGUUGACCACCAAGGUCUGUGGUUUGAUCUGGAGGUCUCCUACAUGGGCUCCUUCCUCAUGACACUGGAGACCAAGAUGAACCUGGCCCGUCUGGGGAAGGAGGGCGAGGGGCUCGGCGAGCACGGGAAAGAGUGGCCCAGGCCGCGGACAUACUGUCUGGCCGACAGCGAUGAGGAAUCGUCUAGUGCCGGCUCCUCCGAUGAGGAGGACCCCCCAGAACUCCUCAGUGACAAAGCCAUUCUCCCGGGAGCCGAGGGCUACGUGGGAGGCCACAGGCCCAGCAAGAUCAUGCGCUUCGUGGACAAAAUAGCCAAGUCCAAGUAUUUCCAGAAGGCCACCGAGACGGAGUUCAUCAAGAAGAAGAUGGAGGAGGUGUCCAACACGCCCCUGCUGCUCACCGUGGAGGUGCAAGAGUUGCGAGGGACGCUGGCUGUCAACAUCCCGCCUCCCCCCACGGACAGGAUAUGGUAUGGUUUUCGGAGUCCGCCUCACCUGGAGCUGAAAGCACGACCUAAACUCGGCGAGAGGGAGGUCACUUUAGUUCACGUGACUGACUGGAUUGAGAAGAAGCUCAAUCAGGAAUUCCAGAAAAUAUUUGUGAUGCCAAACAUGGAUGAUCUAUGGCUACCCAUAAUGCACUCUGCCAUGGACACGCGUUCAAACGCCAACUUGGUUACUGUGACAAAUGAAAGUUCGAAGGACCCAGAACCCGAGGAGUCCGAGGUCUCUGACAUGUGAAGACUGCUGUUGCAUAAUGGCAGACGUAUUAUCGCCAUGGUGAUGUGAAAAGACCCCCCGUCCCUCCCAGAGACGUGCUGGACCAACUCUCCCAAUAUUUUUACUCCUGUUCCAGCCCCGAUCUUGACAAGGCUCACAAGACUGGAAGUGUCUAUGAACUCGUGAUCAUCCGUGGCAACUAAGAGCAGGAAAACGGAGGAAAAGAUUGUGACUCAUCGAUUGUCAUCCAAUCACACAGCUUUAUUUGUGUGACUCAAAUGUUAUGAAUCAUUCUCUGACGAAAUACAAUACACGGGGCAUGUCGAGACCAUUUAACGAACGCGGGCGCGCGGGUGGUGCAUCGACAAAAAGCCAUCAGGUUCAUUCAAUCAUCGGACCGGAAGAACCAUAAAACCAUAAUACCUGUGAUGUACAGCCGAACCAAAACAUUUACGUUUUUCACCGACCUUUCUAAUCUUCUGAGGGAAUAAUCCCAAAAUUUGGAAAUGAGUUUGCCGAGAGUACUCGCAUCUAUUGACACACAUUCCACAGUACACUCCCGUACACACACACACACACACACACACAUUUUUAUGCAAACAGAUCGAUGGCGCUGUGUCCACUGGAGACACUGGUUGAGUUUGAGUCCAGGGUGGACUACGUCAUGACAUACAGCCUUCUGACCGCAUGGUCGGGAUUAAAGCAAAAUCUGACUUUGGAGGAGCUACUACAUAUCUGCAAACACAGCAGCGGAACAUUGCCUAGAAUGAAUGUAUAAAUAGGAAAGUAGCUGCGCAAGGAAUUGUUCAUUCACUGACAACGUGCUUCUACGCAAAAUGCUUCUUUUCCUGCUUUAUUCAGAGCUGAGCAUAAGUAAUAAAUAAAUAAUUUUCAGUUUUUUUCUAUUGCCAAAGCAGUCUAUCAGUACUGUGAAGAGAAAAGUAAACGGUGGUGAAUGAGUACAGUAUCAGAAUAAUGGUAUUGUAUUCUCCACUGUCAACAUACUGGAUAUUAGCCAUAUUAUUUAAGGUUGUCAUCAGACAUCCAGCCAAUGAACGCUCUUUCCUGUUGAGUUACUCGUUUGGUUUUCUUUCUGUACCUGUGGAAUGACACCAAGACGCCGGCUGCUUUACAGGCAACUAUUAUUUUACGCUCAAAUGUGUUUGCAAAGUGUAUGAGGCAGAAAGUGCCUUUUAAAUAAACAUUCCUCCGUAGUGAACCACAUUUGUUGCAUCAGUUGAGGUUAGAGCGUGUGCCAUUAUUGUGUCAUUGACAUGCCCUUUAUUUCACAAGUUUGUGUUAACUUGCAGUGAUGAAAAUAUCGAACAUUGCUGUAGUGUUCAGUGAUGUCACAGAAUGUCAUGAUUCAGAUUGUUGUGGAUCAAUAAAACCUUUUGCUUGGGA